AUGGGAAAGCGGGGCGGACCUAAGGCUCAGCCAGCUCCGAAGGCAGCGAAGGUCAAGAAGACAGCUGCCGGCGCUCAGGCUUCAACAGGGGCCUUGGCAGCAACUGCUGCUGGUGCACCCGAGCACUUGCAGGCAACUUCGCAAGUUGUGAGCCAGAACAGCUCCGUCCUGUCGAAGCACCAGGCUAACGUGGCCUUGGUCCACGCUGACUUCGGCCCAGACUUCGAGCAGCAGGACCCACCCACCAAGUCGUGGCUCAGGUCGUUCGACGAGGCAGUCGCUGUUGCGGACCUGAAGAAGCAUGGCAAGCACACGUGUCUCAUUAAUGCUGCGUGGCUGGACCACUCUUACAGUCCGUGCCCAUCCAUCCCCCUGGUUUGGAGGACGGUGGAGAACAUGCUGGACCACUACUUCCGGAUGCCGAACAACCUGUCCGAGCAGAAGCUCGAAGUGGUGGUGUUCAGCAGCGACCUGGUGUACAACAGGCUCCCGACGAAGGGGUCUUGGAAGUUCAUCAGUGCAGAGGAGCCCGUCAUGGCAAUGUACGCAGCCAUUGCCACGGCGGUUCAGGCGCGCAGAGACGGCGAGGGCGAAAAGACGCAGGAGGAGCUCCAGAGGAUGGACGACACCCUCUGUGUUUGGAAGGAGAAGCUCUUGGAGACCCAGGUGGACAUCCGCGUGGUGGAGACCGAUGUCCAGUUGCAGUGGGAGGCGCAGCAGUACCGGGAGAACAUCAAUCAGCGACAGUACUUGGCAAGAACUCCUGUGCAGCGCAUCUUCGAUUUGCAAUCGAAGAGCAUGCAGUUGGGCCCUCACUCCAGCGAUGCAGACUUGGCUGCGUUGUACCGCGAGAACUUGCGUUUGAGCUCGAAAUCCGAACCGAUUUCCGACCAUUUCAUUGCGCAAGGCCUCGAGGUGUACCGGAAGGCAUUCGCAUUCCCGGAAAUCCUCGAGGUUGUCAUGCAAGAAGAAGAAUACCAUACUGAGUCCCUGUUCAACGGCGUCUCGAAGCUUCACGCCGUCGUCAACAAAGCGAGCACCCGAGAAGAAACCUUUUGGGUCAUCUCUUUGCUGCACCACUGCCGCCUGACCGGUGAGAUCAAGGACAACUCGGUGACGUCCACCCGCAGCUUGCAAGGAACCCAAAGGGAGCACAACCAAGGCCUCGUGGACGUGAUGUUGUACCAGCACCGCGUCAAGUCGUACCUUCUCAGUGAGUUCCUGCCGGUGAUCUGCAAGCAACUUACCGAUGAUGUGAGGGCCAAAAUCAGAAGUGCUUGCGCAGAUUGCCAGGCAUACCGGAGCCACGUGGGGGUGGGCCAGGCUCAGGACGCCGUGUCUCUUGGUUGGAAGUCCGGCUGGACUGCGGCAGCUGACGGGGUGCUCGUCUUCUUCGGAGAUGCGAUCUUCAGCAUGAAGUAUCAUGAGAGCAUGCGGGCAAGCCUGAGACAGGCCAAGUCGGUUGAAGACUGCUUGGAUUCGGAAAGCAAGCUCGGUGAGGCGUGCAAGGAGGUCAAAGAUCUCCUGGAGCAAGAGAGGCUUGCUCUAGCUGAAAGUAACCCAGCAGCCGCGGGUGGCUCAGCCGUGCCCUCAGCAGAGCAGCUCGUUCAGGAGAGCUUGGAGACGCAGUCAGCGGCAGUGCAGGACUUCGUGAAGAGCCGGGGCAUCCAGAGCUUGGACGGUGAGAAGAUCAAGGCGUUGCAGGUCUUCGAGAGGAAAGCAAGGAUGCUGGUGCAGUCCAACGUGGCCUUGCACGUUUUUGCGGAUAAGGAAAAGGAGCUCGUGACCAAGAUCAAAGACUCGCCGGCUGGAGCAGUUCGAGGCAAGGAUACAACGUGGGUUGGCAUCUUUGUUGAUCCAGCCCACAUCGGAGAGCCGGCCACAGCGGCUCACGCCAGGGUGGCCCCAUGCAACCAGAAGUACCUCAAGAACAUCCUGAGCAGCGUGCUGAAGACCCGUGAUCCUCAGCAGACUUCCUUGCACCCAAGGGACAUGUUCUUCCUGUUUGACAGCGGGGUCCACACCCAUCAACAGAAGAUGCUGCAGUGUAUCAUGAACGACGAGGGCCAUCCGAUGCCGGCACACCACACGAAGGUGUACAUUGCCUACGAUGAGAACGCCUUGCGUGAGCGACGCAAGACACAGAGGGCCAGCUUGGAUCAGGUGGAGCACCUCACCAUCGUGACGGGCGAAGAGUUCACCUCAAGCAUGGUGCAGCGCCCACGGCGCUCCUUCGCAGGCAGCAACUUCGGCAACGUGAUUGGCCCAGUCAGGCUCGAUGCACCCGGAGAGUUGUGGCAGCUGAGUGUUGAGGAGAAGCUCGUCAUCUAUGGCAAGUAUCGCAUGCCUGUUGGCGGCAGGCCCGAGAUCUUCUACCAGGAGAUGGUGGCCUCCUACAACUUGACGGCCCUGAUUGAUUGCCAGGUUGCAGAUGGUGUGUUGGCCAGCCUUGCAGCUGUUGAGCGACUGCCCUACAUCGGCUUCUGUUUGACGGAGACCCACCUCCAGAAAGUGAAGGAGGUCAUCGUGUGCCGAGUCCUCAAAGAGAUGGUCCGCCCCAAUAGCAAGGUGAACGAGAGCAAGUUGGUUGAGAUCUUGGCAGACGCACCAGCGUCGUCAACGCAGGCAGGUGGAUCAGCCGCCCCCGUGGCCGGGGCAGAUGGUGGCAGUGGCAGCAGCGGUGCCGCGCAGAGUGUGCUUGACCAGUUCCAGGCCAAAUUGAAGGCCCUGCAGGGCGCCAGCGGCUGA